AUGUAUAAUUUUUGAAUUCUCUGGAUUUGCCAGGAAUGCCACCACACAACCUUCAAUUGAAAAUUGGUUCACCAAUUAUUCUUCUACGUAAUUUAAAUCCACCUCAAUUAUGUAACGGUACACGUUUAGUCAUAAAAAAAAUUACCGAAAAUAUUCUUGAAGCUACAAUUUUGUCGGGAAAAUUUAAAGGAGAUAUCGUCCUGUUGCCACGUAUUCCACUGAUAGCGUCGGAAUCUCCAAUACCGUUUAAAAGGCUCCAAUUUCCGAUUUGUUUAGCUUUUGCGAUGACUAUAAAUAAAUCUCAAGGCCAAACAAUGUCUAUUUGCGGUUUGGAUUUGGAAAACACAUGUUUCUCACAUGGACAGCUAUAUGUUGCCUGCUCACGUGUAGGAAAACCAUCAAAUCUCUUCGUGUUAGCGAAAGACAGGUUAACCAGGAAUGUUGUACACAAAGUAGUACUUAGAUAAUUUUUAGUUUUAAUAAUUUAAUUUAUUUUUGUAUGUUUUUAAUGUAUAUAGUAUAUUUUGUAAGUAGGUCACUGAUUACAAACAAUAAUUUAAUAUAAGAUGAAUAAAAUGUAAAUUCAGAAAAUAUAUAUGUUGGUUUGUACUUAAUUUCAACAUUUAGAUACUUUACCUAUUACUUUUA